AUGGAUUCACGUCCGCCAUCAACUAGAAUGCCCACUGGGCUGGCUGAAGUUUUAAAUGAAGUUGGCCCUGAAGAGCGCAUGAGAGACUCUGCUUAUUAUUCAAAUCUAGAUUCGGCAUCGAAGCAUAACUCGCAACAAUUAUCGAACGGCGAAGUCAUCAUGGCCCCUUCGCCAACUGGUUAUCAUUCCUCCAGCGCUGAUAUAAGCCCCUCACCUGCAGCAAACCACAUUGCCAAUCAACAGCUCACCUCUCCAACUUCUAAUGGCAUGAGCGUCGCAUCUAUGGUCUCUCCAUCUUACGAACAUUCCAUGGCGAGUUCACUACUGUCGAUGGGCCAGUCAAAUAGACAAUCAUAUGGAUCUGGACUGGGAGCUUUUUCAAUGAACGGAGAUUCCCGUCGGGAGAGUGUCGAUUCAAGAUUGGGGUUUCAAGAGUUGCGACUCAAUUCCCCAUACGCCAGCAACAAUCAAUCAACCACCUCUAUCCAAAGCACUUUGCAGCAGCAGCGCAACCCUGGGAAUGCCGCCGAUCGCUUGUCAAACCCUCGAUUCUCGAACAGCUAUCAACCUCAACGUCUGCCCGAGCCAACAUCCCCCAGAAGUACAGUCCCAAAGACUGCUCCCAAGAUUACUGGUCCUGCCAUGUCUAGUAUUGCUCGAGCUGCUGAGCCAACUAGGGGAGAAGCCUGGGCGUUUCCUGAAGAGCCAAUCAGAGUAUCAAACUCACACGAUCGCCAUGCCGAGGACAGCCAGAGCAUAAGUAGAGUUGGUACUUCGUUCUUAAAUCUUGACUCGAGACGUAGUAGUAUGGCAGACUCGGUCGCAAGCAGCCAAUACACCACAGAAUCUCGUCUGCCAGCUGGACAGAGAAGGUUAGAAGAUGGAGUGUCGGCCGAUUUCAGAUCAUCGCGAGCCUCAUCUGAGUUUCAAAAUGUAUCACAUCACCAUCAUUCUCUACAAAAUCGCCAAGUUUCUGAUUUACAAGCUGAAGAUGCCGAUUCUCCAAACAAUGGGCAACCCUACAGCCGCACACCUGAACUUCGUGUCAGUCAUAAACUUGCGGAAAGAAAGCGUCGAACUGAAAUGAAGGAAUUGUUUGAAACCUUGAGGGAUUUGAUGCCUCAAGAGCGCGGUAAUAAAGCUAGCAAGUGGGAGAUAUUGACAAAAGCUAUCGCCGAACACCAUACACAGACGAAGGAAAUUCAAGAUUUGAAAUCGAGGCUUCACAACUCACAACUAGAGAAUGAAAGUCUUCGCCGUGAGAACAAUGUCAUCCGCUUGGAGAACUCACAGCUUCGUAACGAAGUAAAUCAAGGCGGUUCCAAUAAUCACCAGUCUGUGAUGAACGGCUUCACUCCAAUACCACAGAAUGGCGGUCAACAUGUCAACAUGAAUGCAUACCAACAAGAAAAUUAUGCUCCAAGAGGCUCUUAUCAACGCGAGGAACAAUUACCACCACUUCGUGGAAUAUCACAACCUGAAUCCAUUAGUGGAGUUCAAUAUCAAUCGGAUUUAAACCGUAAUGGUUAUCGUGAUCCUCGAUUCUAG